UUCAUCUCUAUUUCUCACAAAUACCCGAAGAUAAAAUACCAUACGUAAACUCUGCUGGGGAGAAGUAUCGUGUUAGACAACUGUUACAGCAGCUUCCACACGAUAAUGAGGUUCGAUACUGUCAUUCGCUCACCGAUGAGGAGCGAAAAGAGCUGCGCCUCUUUUCGGCACAACGGAAACGCGAAGCACUUGGUCGAGGGAUUGUUAAGCAGCUGACGACAAGUCGCCCAUGUGAAGGGUGCGAAGAACCUCAAUCAUCUGGUGACAUUGUUAUAUUUGCCUCUCGGUUCGGCCAAAACGUUAGCUGGCAUCCGGGAUGUUUUAUUUGCUGUGUGUGUAAGGAACUGUUGGUCGAUUUGAUUUAUUUCCAUCGAGAGGGGAGACUGUACUGUGGACGUCAUCAUUCGGAAACACUUAAGCCAAGGUGUUCAGCUUGCGAUGAGAUCAUCCUUGCAGACGAGUGUACGGAAGCGGAAGGGAGAGCUUGGCACAUGAAACAUUUUGCCUGUUUCGAGUGCGACAAGCAGCUGGGUGGCGCUAGGUACAUAAUGCGAGAUGGCAAGCCGUACUGUUUGUGUUGUUUCGAUGCAAUGUUCGCCGAAUAUUGCGAUUAUUGUGGCGAACCAAUUGGAGUCGACCAGGGUCAAAUGAGUCACGACGGUCAGCAUUGGCACGCAACCGAUCAUUGUUUUUCUUGUAGCACAUGCAGAUGUUCCCUUCUCGGAAGACCUUUCUUGCCUCGAAGAGGAGCUAUUUAUUGUUCGAUUGCAUGUAGUAAAGGUGAACCGCCUACACCAUCAGAUAGUUCAGGUCCCGGUCUGCGUAUGCCGCGACAACGAUCAAAGCCGUUGAACAAACCUCUAUCGGACAACGAAUCAUCAACACCUCCAGCGUCGCCAUUAAUAACUCCAUCAUCGCCAAUACGUCAGAUGCGUAGUCCACAAACAGUUCGCAGUCCUAAGAUGGGAAGACGAGCACUGCAGCGAAAUCCGAAGGUGAAUCAAGAACAACAAACUUGGGAGCAGGAAGAGGUUAAUACAAGAGUAGCACCACAAAACGGAUCACAGAAUCAGAGCCCAAUGCCAUCACCGAGUCCCGUGAAUAAAGGAUUGGAUCGUGUGUUGUUAGAGAGAAAUUUGGAAAAACUUUUAACGGACCGAGGUCAACCAGCAGAGCCGCAUCCACUGCCCGACUCACCACAAUUCCAACAACUUUUACACAAAGACCGAAGCAGAGAACCCUUAGACUUAACUGACCUAGGAGAUAGCCUAGACAAUUGGCACUCCCAAACAAAUAGUACAAAUCGUAAUAACCAAACGUCGAUGAAUUUCUCGACAAUUGAACCUUCCAUGGCAUCAUCAAUGCCCGAACUUGCUACCUCCAUGGAAGAACCCUUAACGCCAGACGAUCUGCCAACACCUGAUGUAUCCGAAGUGGCCCAAAACAAUUUCGAAGAAGUGAAAGUGAAGAAAGGGGUCCGUUUCGAAGGUGUGCAGGACACUUUACCUCGAUCGCGAAGCUAUUCGGGUCGGACGGAUUCGAAACGAUCAAAAAGUAGCAGUGGCAGAAGGAAAAGUACAUCCGAUCGACACUUACAUCGUCAACGGCCAUCCACAUCGAAAGAAAUCAAAAACGACGAUGAUAGUGAUGCGACGAGCGUAUGUUCAACAUGUUCGUCAAGCUCAUCCAGUACUGAUGACCUUGCCUAUCAACUACCGCAAAGGCGUCACUACGGCGGCGUUCGUGUCAGCUACGUACCGAACGAUGCUCUGGCUUGCGCUCGAAAGCGAAAGCAGCAAUUGGACGGAUGCGACAAGGACAACAAAAAUUGCAUAAUUUCGUGAAAAUAUUCACGUUGCCUAAAUUGAUUGGAUAGACGUGUCCAAUGUAUGUAUGUAAGCGACAACGGUAGUGUUUUUAAAGUGUUUGUAUGAGAAAAUAGAUUUGAAACGAAAGAUUUACGUCGCUUUUUGUAACAAUGAGAAAUCCACGGAUGAUUUGUCGUCAUUCUAAUAAUUUAGUAUAAUCCAAUGAAAGUGUAACUUAUGUCUCGUAACGGCUUGAACCAAUUCAUCAUCACACCACCCAUCAAUGUAAAGAAAUCACGUAAUCAAUAUUUCAAAUUUAAAAUUUGUAAAUUUUUGAUUAAAAUAUCAUUUUGUUCGUUUCAUAUCAUUUUUAACGAAUCAAAAAUAGAAAUUUUUAAUUGUUAAGUUAAAGACCGCAACAAUAUUCUUCCAGAAAACAUUUAUUGCCAACUCACAUGUAUAACGAUUUUGAAUUUCAUUAAUUUAAUUAUUUUUUUCCAAUUUUAUGUAAAAAAGAAGAUUAAAGAAGACAAAUAUUGUUAAUUUAA